UGCAUCAAGCCUCUGCCGACCUCUCCUUCUCUCCGGCGAAAACAAAGCAACUUAAGAACUCGCUUCGCUGCACGGAAACCUAGACUUCUAGCCCCACCACCCCGACGUCCAUCCUUGAGCUUCUCCAAUCCCCACACCCGCCGCGGAUCACCACCCAAUUCCAUUGCAACGACACAGUCAGCAAUCAUGGGCAAGCCCAGACUAAUCAUCCUCUGCCGGCACGCGCAGAGCGUCGGCAACGAGAACCGGACGAUCCACCAGACAGUGCCAGACCACCGAGUACCACUGACAGCCGUGGGCCAAGAGCAAGCGCUCGCGGCGGGCGACAAGCUCGCGCGGCUUCUGCGGCCCUCCGACACUUUACAGAUGAUCACGUCGCCGUACACGCGGACACGGGAGACGACUUUGGGGAUCCUGUCCUCGCCCGCGCUCAAGGAGCACCCGAACUCCGGCAGCAUCCGCGUCUACGAGGAGCCGAGGAUCCGUGAGCAGGACUUUGGGAACUUCCAGCCGUGUCAGGCAGAGAUGGCGAGAAUGUGGCAUGAGCGCGCCGCCUACGGACAUUUCUUCUAUCGCAUCCCGAAUGGGGAGAGCGCCGCUGACGCGUAUGACCGUGUCUCGGGCUUCAAUGAGAGCUUGUGGAGGCAGUUUGCUGAGGAGGAUUUUCCAAGUGUUCUGGUGCUGGUCACGCACGGGCUCAUGACGAGGAUCUUUCUCAUGAAGUGGUACCAUUACUCGGUCGAGUACUUUGAGGACCUGCGGAACGUGGACCACUGCGAUUUCGUCGUCAUGAAGCUCAACGACCAGCACAAGUACGACUUGCAGACCGAGUUGCGGACGUGGAGCGGGUACUCGCGGGAGCAGGAGGAGCUGCGGUACAAGUGUCCGCCGGCGAACCGCGUGGUGGCGCUCAAGGCGUCGGUGUGGGGCGUGCGCAAGUUCGGCGGAUGUGUGGACGGCUGCAAUCACGAGUUCGACGGCGAUCGCAGCAUGAUGGGCGGGCACGUGAUGAAGGCUGGAAGGGACUUCGGCGGCAGUAGGAGCGGCGCUGCGAGUCGCGCUGCCAGCCACGAUAGCACCAGUGACGACGACGACGAUGAAGGCAUCGACGAGGAUCUGGAUGCCGCGGGACCGGAUGGUGCGAAGAAUGGAAACGGCAUGAUCAUGGGCGGACACCCGGCCGAUGUCAUCGAGAGGCUCAAGAUGGAGGCCGCGCUCGGAGGCAAUCUCGUCAAUGGCGUCAAGAAGUUGCAGGUCAGGAGUUGAGUGGCUGGGAUCUACGAGUCACGGCAUAAUGGAGGAUGGUAGUGGGUAUCAAGUAGAGGUCGAACAUCUGGCGCACGGGGGGCUAUGCUAUGCGUGUUUUCAUGAUUUUGUGCUUCCUUCCUUACGUUCUUCCUUCUUUCCGGGUAUUGGCGGGGUCAGGAACUUGUG